AUGCGCAUCUUCGCCCGCCUUCCCCUCCACCGCCCGCUACACACAUCCCACCCCCUCCUCUCCAAAUCCCUCCCGCCCCGCGUGCCCCUCCCCGACUCAGACCUCAUAGAAAACUUCCUCAAAGGCUCCGGGCCCGGGGGUCAAAAGAUCAAUAAAACAUCGUCAGCCGUGCAGCUCAAGCACAUCCCCACAGGCAUCGUAGUCAAGUACCAGGAUACGCGGUCGCGGGAGAUUAACCGCAAGAUGGCGCGGCGUAUACUGCAGGAUCGCAUUGAGGAGUUGCAGUUGGGGGAUGAGGCGAGGACGAGGGUGAAGGCUAGGGAGAAGAGUAAGAAGAAGGCUAGUAAGGCCAAGAAGGCAAGAAGGAAGUAUAGGGCGUUGGAGGAGGGGAAGGCUGGGGUUGAGGGAGAGGACGGUGAAGAUGCAGAAGGAGGGGAUUCGGAUGGAGGGGAUGUGGAGAAAGUUGAGGGAAAUGUUGAAGAGGAUGCGCUGGAGAAGGGUGGGGAUGUGGCUAAGGUGGGUGGUUGA